AUGGCUGAAUCCCUCAAACGCAAGAGAGGGGCGCAGGAUUUUGUCCCGAUAGAGGGCAAGAGCUCGAACGUCAAGCCUGCAAGAGUGUGUUCGACCGGGAAAGAUGUCAAGGCUGCGAUCGAAUCAGGCAGCAAGGACGCCAUUGUGGCUCUCGAAAAGCAGCUCCGAGUUGUUUAUUCGCAACAGGCCACGAUUUCCUUGACUCAUCCCAGUGUCGUGAUCAUUCAACAAUAUCUGGCACUUUCACCCAAAUGCGAUGAGGUUCUCACAAAUUGGAAGCAUGGAAAUGACCGAAAGAACACGCAGUUGGUGGAAAUUUCGAUGCAACUCCUCACCACCAUGAUCAACCUGCUCGUUCCGAUCCCGUAUUUCCUACCAACGCUCCAGAACUUGGUCGAAAAGUUCUUGGAUACCUCUGAGAAUUACGGAAACAUGCUCACCCGCAUGAUCCUCUCGACCAAACGAGAGCAUGCUCAUCUUGGAAUGGGCCUUGCGGCUGCCCUCGUUCACGUCGAUCCUGGUCACAAGGGAUCUGUCAGUCGUAUCAAUGGGAGGAUAUGGACGAUGAUCGCCGAUAGUGGAUGUCUUCGAGCUCUGCCGAAGCUGCUCAGUAUGCGGCGCAAGGGAGGCUUCGCUGCUCAAGCCGAUCCCAUGGACAAGCCUGAUAUCCGGCACCUCACCGUCCACUUUCUGUUACCGUUCCUCGCCUAUCCUCUUUUCCUCUCCGGGUCGAAACCGAUGGUCAUUCCACUAUUUUCCAACCUGAAGGACGACCCUGCUCGGACCAUUUAUCGGGUCUUGGACGCCAUCUGGGAUGCUAUCAAUGCAUCACCUUCGUCGGCGAUCAACCGCAAAACGUCGGUCGCUUUAUUGCACGAAAACUCUAUCGACGGGAUCGUGAAGCUAUACAAACGAGAUGCAAACGACGACGAGGAUGACAAGGUGAACGAGGUCUCGCCUGCGGAGAUGGCUCAUCAGUUCCUUUUGAAAACUUGUACCAAUCCAGGUACUGGGGUGUGCUUCCCAGAUCAAGGAUGGUACAAGCGUAAAGGCAAAGGAAAAGCGGACGACCUGCAUAUGAUUGAAGCGGAUCUCGACGGCGGAGAUGGAGGCGAAACCCAAAAGGAUGGAAGUGCCUAUGGUACUAAAAUGCUUCACAAUCACAUUCUCGGAAAUGUUGUCCGGCGGAUCGGCGCACGAGCAGUCGAAGAACCCAAGGUCGCCGAGUUGGUCUACUCGAUCUUGGGAUCUUGCCCUGAACUGGUUGCAAGUUUUUGGCCGCAUUCGGGCAUUUCCGUCGACCCCCGACUUUCGGCGAAGUGGCUGGCGACUAUGGCCCUCCUGGGUCAUGUGAUCUCCUUACCGUUGCCGCCAAACGACACGUUUCACGUUACAACUGGCAUUACGAAACCUGACGGCAGCAAGGAGAUGGUCGUUAAAGCUUCACCCCCCGCGCUCCAGGUUAUCAUCGAAGCAGUCUUGCCGUCGCCAUUGUCCAAACAGCACCUAAGCAAAGGACUGCAACACGGGGUAGGCCUGGUUCAGCACGAGACCGCUCUGACCCUCGCACGAGCCCUGCAGAAACUCUUGCUUGUUAAGGCUGCUUUCGCGAAGCUCAGCAAGGAGGUUCGACAUGAUAUGGGCAACCAGCAUUUCGACGACCCCUGGUCGAAAGCUUUGCGGGAAUUGGAAAUGGAGGCACGAAAGCGAGUACCGGAGGUGCCGGUCAUCAUCGCGUUUGCGCAAAAGUCUGCGGCAUCUCAAGCGCUACAAGCCUCACUCGAGGAAGCGGACGACGGCGAGAAGGCCAAAGCUGUGUUGCUUACCGAGUCGGCACUGCGUCUGUUUAGACUUUACUACCACGCCUUGCCCAACAUGGCCGCCGAAUUCCGGUUCGACGUCGGGAAGCUAUUGGUGUCAUCUUCAAGCGCUAAACAAGAAGCCGCUGCUCGCAAGAUGGCUCGAGAGGGUAGCGUCAUCGAUGAUAGCGGCAGUGUUGCCAGUUUUGGAACUGUCGGGAGUGCUGGGAUGGGUGGAGGCUUCGGUCAAUCGAGGGGGGAUGUAGCGGAGUUCGAUGCUCUCAGUCAGGUCCACGUUCUCGAGCUGUUGGCAUCAGUUCGAGAAUGGGACUGGACUGCCAAAGCAGCCGGAUCCGCUUACUCGUACGUCUACCACAUUCUUCAAUUGAGGCUAUCCACGCCGCAUCUUCGAACGGUCCAAGUUACGGACAAGUUGCUUGCGGAGAUGAUAGGCGAAUCUAUCAUGUUCGAUCACGACCGAAAAGAAUGGAAUCUCUGGGUAGAAUGUCUGCCGAGGACCCGAGCCCUUGGCGUCAAGACGUCUGCAACGCUAGCCCUGGAAAGGCUGCAUCUGCUCGGGUUCGUCGACGACUGCAUCAGGAGAUGUAUGAAGACACCAUAUCGGUACAUCGAAGAAUCUGCAAGCUUGGUCGCGCAGCACCCCGUCAAUAUCGACCGAUCAACUUGGCCGUCUCCACUGUUGUUCGCCAUGUUUGAACAGUUCCAGGCCAAAUUAGCUGGGCAUCAUAUCGCUGCGGAUGCUGCCGAAGUUGUUCUCGCGUAUUUGCGCAACGUGGUGCUCGCCAUGACUGCCAAGCAGUCUGACCUGGCUUUCAUCCAAUUGCUCAAAGGACGGCUUCAGACAUGCUUGUCUGCCGCCGAGCUCAAGCGAGAGACCGCACUACCGAGCCUCUCGACUCAACUCGCAGUACUGGCUAUGCAGCUCGACGCUUUCGCAGGACGUCCUAGCGCGGCUGUCGCCGAAUCCGUCGCCAAAGACGUUGAAGGUACGCAAAAACAAUCGAUUUCAGAAAACCUUCGAAGGCGGGUGCUUAACGCUCCACCGGGCACCAGUUCGAGCGUGUGGAAUGUUCUUCUAAACGGCAAUCUGAAGCCCGACACCGUCGCUCAACUUGUCUCCGUGACGCCUUUCCCGGUCCUGCUGGCCGAUCUCAAUGAGGACAUGGACCUGUCUGCGGCUUUCGCCCUACUCCGUCAAGCCUGCAUGAGCUCUAGCUCCGCCAGGUUACGCUCGUUGCAGUACGCUUGCAUACUCAAUCGCCUGACAGGAUUCAACGGCACGACUUGCUUAAUUGGUCAUGCGAUCGAGCUUCUAGUCGUAUACCUGGAAGUCGAUGGAUCCAAGCCGUCAGCGAAUAAAUCCACCAAGAUCAGACAGUUAGUGGCGACUCCUGCCAUCCAAGCAGUCAUGAUGAAUCGAGACCAGCGGAUUCGCAAAAGUGACCGCGCCUUUGCUACUUGGGUUCGGUACCUACCGAGGAAUCUCGUGGAACAGAUCUUUGUCAGCUUUACAAAUGGAAGCAGGAGGGAUCGUGAUUCUUUGCACCUUCUCGCCAAGCUCUUACAAAGAAACAAGUCAGUGACGUUGGUGCUGUCUCAUCUCAAGUUUAUUCUGGCCCACAAAUUGCAAUUACCUGCACUGGAGGGCACUCGGUCGCUCGGCACAUUCACCCGAACGAGCGCAAGCUUGAGUGGACGAGAAAUGGAAGAUGCAACACGUGGUGAUGCCAUCAAUGCUGAGUUCGACCUCGCUGGGAUUAAUCUAGCUUCGCUCUCGACAUCCGCCUUGCAACUCGUUGCAUUCUGUUCCAGCUGUAGCCGCGAUGGCCCAAUCAGAGUGACGAAUGCCAUGGUACAGGUCAAUUGGACAUCCGGGUCGCUGCGGCGACUGCGGUCCUUGUACCAGGAGGUCGAUCUCGAGGCUAUCGAAUCCUCUCGUCCUGGCUUUGUCUCCCUAGUGACGGAAAGCGCUCUCGCGGACACUGCCGCCGACGCAGAUUCUUUCUUGACCAAAGUCAGACCGGUUCUGCUUGAUAGGGCAAGCUUCGACAAACGGCUGGCUGGCAGUAUCUUGGGACUUUUGCGGGAAAACAGUAUUGCCUUUACCCAAGUAAAGAUUCAGUUGCUGCACGACUUGUCGGCAAUGGCGCCAGGCACUUUCUCAGUCAAUGCUGAUACUAUCGUGCACGCAGAUCACCUUGUGCGUUCGGUUGAGCUGGAAGUUGCAGCACACCUGGUGGAACCCCUACUGGCUGCUGUCAUACAAGGCCGACUCCACGAUCCAGCAGUCGUCGCCUUGGCCGCCGCUCUUUGUGAGAAGUCAUCCAUCAAGGCAAUGGUUGUUCGACAACAUCUACAACUCCUGCUGAAUCCGGACAAGCUCAACAAGGCUAUGAAGCACGACCCAGUCAGGGCACGUCGGAGCGUCGCAACAAUCGCGCUGGCCUUGUUCAACUCGUCGCCUUAUUCGGCCUGUCAAGUCUCAUUCAUUGAGCCUCUUAUCCGCCUGUACAAAGGCAGUUUGGACCCCGCCGAUAUCGAAUUGAUGGCCAUCUGCGGCCUGUAUGAACGCUACAAGAGAACCUCUCUAUCGAGAGCUAUCGUAGCGCUUUGGACACCGCAAAUGAACAUGGCAGCCGACGAAAACGAGACGGCACUUGAAGCGAUCAAGCAGCUUGACCCGAAAAUCGUUUUCGCUACCUGCAUAGCGUUCGAGCGCAAAUCGCUCCGACCGGAACACAACACCGUGUACGACGCCCGCUUCGUCCUCAGUCUGGUGGCAGCUUGCUUGCGGGAAGGUCCCCUUACGGGCUUGCAGUGGGUCGAAAUGUUGAGAAGCAACGUGCUUGCUCUGGCAACGUGCGCGUUGUCUUCCAAGUUCUCGGAUGUCCGGCAUAUGGCGGGAACAGUUCUCGCAGCAGCCGUCGAGAUGGUACAGACUACGCCCUUCCAAGAACAAUCCGCUCUGAGGCGUCUGCUCAGCCUCUUGAGACAUGGUGUGACUACCGGAGAGGACGGAACGAUCGAUCGAGUACCGUUCAUGAUGGCGCUCUUCUUCGCUCAUGCGUUCCGCACCAUCGGCGAACCAUCCUCGUACCUGUACCCGCUAGUCAGCGCAUUCUUGUUGCGGAGACCGAUCAUGGACUUCAAAGACGUGCCGAUGCUGUACGACCUACUUUACGCCGCGGGUCAAGGCUCCAAAAGGGAACGAAGGUGGAUGGUGCGGUUCAUACGAGAUUCUGUCAGGUCAAGAUCGGACUGGCAAAUCUGUAAGAGGCGACACACGUUCGCCUUGCUAGCGUCCAUCUUCCAGUCGACGACCGAAUACAAUCUCCGGACUCUCAUCAUUCAGGCGCUCCAAUCGAUGACGGCUGUUCCCGAGGCAUCGAUCCAUCUUGCCGAAAAGGAGGGUCUCAUCGAGUGGCUCGAAAUGGCCUGUCUAGACGAUACCGGCAAGGGAGUUGCCCUGGAAGACAUCAUGGUCAUCCUCGAGAAUUCUGUCUCCGCUCUGGUCUCACGGGACAUGUCCAAGUCGAAUAAGAUCUUUGAGCGGGAACGACGAUGGCAUAUUCAGAUCUUAGGUUGCAUAUCGCGAAUCGCACCGGUGCGAGGUGGGUCGAACAGUCAUUCCGUCGCAUACAUCUCGCUCGAGUGA